AUGACGUCCUCACUACGAAGGCUAUUUGCAACAUUUUUGGUAUUCUAUGAGCCAAGUGAUGUGUGCGGGCUAUUGCAGAAACAUCUAGAUGCAAUGUUAGAGGACUACCGGCUCAACUGUCCUUCCCCCACGGCCGUGGAACAAAUGGUGCUGAUUGACCUUAGAAAUAUGUUGCAAUCGAUGGGGAAGGACAUAAAAUCAUCCCCACUACCAGAUAUCGACGACACCUAUGACACAGCAAGCGGUAUCCCAUGUGACAUAUUUGAGGAGGCAAGCAUAGUUCCCAGUGCGGAUGAUGUGGCAUUGUCCGAGUCCUUGAACAGCGAGCAGAGGGCUACAUAUGAUAGGAUCAUGUCCGCAAUUGACACGGACGAAGGCGGCUUGUUCUUUGUGGAUGGACCUGGCGGUAAUAGGAAGACUUUUCUUUACAGGGCCUUGCUCGCUAGAAUACGCAGUGAGAACAAACUUGCUGUGGCGACAGCUACAUCUGUUGUUGCCGCCUCCAUCAUGCCUGGUGGAAGAACCACCCACUCACGCUUCAAAAUAUCACUUACUAUUGAGGAUGGUGGAUAUUGUAGCUUCACGAAACAAAGUGGUACCACCAAGCUGCUGCGGAGAACAUCUCCUAUAAUUUGGGAUCAGGAUACUAUGACAAAGAGGCAAGCAGUGGAGACUCUUGACAAAAGCUUGAGAGAUAUAAUGGAUCGGUCUGAGUUGCCAUUUUGUGGGAAGACUGUUGGUUUCAGUGGAGAUUUCAAGCAAGUCCUCCCUGUUGUCCGGAAGGGGUCAAGGCUCAAAUAG